AAGUAGCAGCAGGUACGGUUUUCAAUUUCUCGCAUCUUUUUCUUUUCUUUUCGACUUCACUUAAUCUUCAGCAAGCCAUCACACAAAAUAUAUAUGAACUAAUUUCAAACAUAUGAGUAGACGGAUAACUAUGUAUCGUUUUUAACAUAACCGUGCAGAUUGUGCAGGCGAGUUUUAUCAAAAGGAGUUUAUAGCCAUGAAUGUUGAGCAGGUUUUUCCAAUGAUGGGAGGUGACGGAGAGAACAGCUACGCUAAAAACUCCAGGGUUCCAGAGAAGGCAGUGAUUAUGACAAAACCAUUAAUGGAAGAAGCCGUAAGAGAAAUAUGUAAAAGUCUCCCAGAAAAGCUUGUUGCGGCCGACUUAGGAUGCUCCUCUGGUCCCAACACAUUACUUGUGCUCUCUCAGAUCACCAAUGCUGUGGAUGAGCAUUGCUGUAGCUUGAGCCAGCAAAAGCCUGAGAUCCAAUUUUUUCUUAAUGAUCUUCCUAGCAAUGACUUCAACAAUAUGUUCCAAUUGUCAGUGCAGCAUCAGAAGAAAAUUAGAGAAGAGAAAGGGGAUGCGUAUGUGCCAUUCUAUGUUGUUGGAUCGCCAGGUUCGUUUUAUGGCAGGUUAUUUCCUUCAAAGAGUAUCCACCUUUUCCACUCUUCCUAUAGCCUCAUGUGGCUAUCUCAGGUACCUAGAGGGCUCAAAGAAGAAGGCUCUGACCUUUUGAAUAGACCAGACAUAUAUAUCGAUAAAAACUCUUCAAUCGUAUACCAUUUGUAUUUAAAACAAUUUAAAACAGAUUUCUUGGAUUUCCUUAAAUCUCGUUCCAAGGAGCUUAUUUAUGGAGGGAGCAUGAUCUUAUCUAUUUUGGGAAGAAGAGAUUGUCAAGCUUCCGGUGAACUAUUGCAUUUAUGGGGACUUCUUGCUGAGGCUUUAAAUACUAUGGUUUCUGAGGGACUGGUGGAAGAGGAUAAACUAAAAGACUUUAAUUUACCGUUCUAUGCACCAUUAAUGGAAGAAGUGAGAUCUAUUAUCAAUAUGGAAGGAUCAUUUGACCUUACACAAGUGCAAACUUUCGAAUCGAAUUGGGAUCCUUUUGAUGAGUCAAAUGAAAAUUUUGUAGAAGACAAAAAGUCGAGUGGUAGAAAUGUUGCAAACUACAUAAGAGCAGUGGUAGGACCUCUAGUUACAUCUUAUUUUGGAACUGAUAUUUUAGAAGAUUUAUUCUCGCGUUAUGCAAAUAAUGUUUCAAGGCACAUGCAUGAUCCGAAGCCAAAGUAUACGGUUCUCAUCCUUGUUUUGAAAUUAAAAGGUGGAGAACAUGCAAUCUGUGGAUGCAAAUAAAUGUAAUAUAUAAGUGAAAAUGGUAUGGUGACCAAUCUUAAUGCUUUUGAGUACAACACAUAAGUAAAUAAAAGUUUGACUAUCACAACUUUAAGAGAAGAAUAGUAGUAGUAGGGCAUAGACCACUUAUUAUUCUCAUGUCUCUCCUCUCCUUAAUUUGGAAUAAAUUUUUCUUUGUUUU